AUGGAGUGGACAAAGAUCGCAAAGAGGGUUUUUGGUGUAGGAGCCGCCCUGUCGACCGUGAUCGCUUCUAGAUACACCGUAGAUGGCGGCCAGAGAGCUGUGAUGUUCGACCGAUUCAAAGGGGUUCUCGAAGAACCUAUCGGAGAAGGAACACAUCUCAAGGUUCCAUGGGUGCAAAAGGCAUAUAUAUUCGACAUUCGAACCCAACCCUACGAAAUCUCCUGCGAAUCUGGAACUAAAGAUCUUCAGAUGGUUAAUCUCACUCUCCGUGUUAUGUCUCGUCCUGAUGUUUCGCGCCUUCCGGACAUAUACCAGCGCUUGGGUCUCGAGUACCGCGAAAAGGUUUUACCAGCGAUCGGGAACGAGGUAUUGAAAGCAGUGGUAGCUCAGUUCAACGCGGACCAGCUCUUAGUAGAUCGUCCACUGGUCUCGGCUCUUGUGCGCGAGACACUAAUCCAACGAGCUAGAGAUUUCAACAUUAUUCUCGAUGAUGUGUCGAUCACGCACCUCGAAUACGGUCCAGAGUUCUCGCGUGCCGUGGAGCGGAAGCAAGUGGCGCAACAAGAAGCUGAGCGGUCAAAGUUCAUAGUUGCAAAGGCUGAUCAGGAGAGACGAGCGGCUGUGAUCAGAGCCGAAGGAGAGAGCGAAUCGGCUCGGGUUAUAUCGAAAGCGACUGCAGAGGCUGGGAUGGGUUUGAUCGAGCUUAGAAAGAUCGAAGCGGCUAGGGAGAUUGCGGUUACACUCUCUAAGUCUCCCAACGUUGUCUAUUUGCCUGGUAGUGUUGGGAAUCUGUUGUUUUCAAUGAAUGGUCCGAGCAAGUAA